AUGUCGUACACGGGACUGAUUGCGAACGGCAGGGCGGGCAAGUGCUUGUCGGCACCAACAAAGGAUAGGGACCCUAUGGUGAUGGCCGCGUGCGACCCGAACGAUUCCAAACAGAGGAUCACCAUCAGCAACAACAGGCUCACCACCGAGUACCGUAACCAAAACGACGGGAUGAUCAACACCAACGGUGGGAACGUGUUUUGGAGUGGCGAGAGCGGCAAGGACGACGACAUCGCGUUCUACGUGGAAUCCAUUGACACGCAAUACCCGUUUCCCAAUGGGAACUUCCGCUUUUGGGGCUGA